UAGUAAAUGAAGUCAUGAUCUUUUUGUGUCUUACCGAACUCUAUAUAAACUGUCGUUGUUUUUUUCUGUAUUAUAAAAUAUUAUUAUCAUUCAGUACACCAAAAACACAACACAUGCAUAAGAGCUACCAAUCCUUAUGGAGAAUGUAACAAGAGAUGUUGAAUUCACCUAUGAAGAGUUGAUAGAGCAAAAUAAAGCUUUGUCAGAAGAGUUAUCUCAAUGCCAGCAUGAUAAAGAUUUUGUUUGGAAUUUAUGGAAGAAUUUACAAGUCGAAAAGCCUGAUAUGACAAAUAUUAUUAGUCAAGUAGUUGAUAGGGAGCAACAAAAGUCGGAUGCGAAAGAUUUGAAAGUUUUGAAUAUUCUUCAGCAAAAAGAUAACCAAAUAAAAAUACUUGAAGAUAUAUCUGCGGACCUACAAACACAGCUGAAGCAAUCCAGCGAAAGGUUAUCUGAUUUGCUGCUACAGAAAUCAGAUUGGGACGAAAAAAGAAAGGAAUGGCAAGAAGAACAACGAAAGUUGGAAUUUCAAUUAGAAGAGAAGCAAGAAAUUUUAAAAACACGAGAAUCUCAUGCUAGUAUAGUCGAAAAUGAAACCAGAGAAAGAUUGGUGCAACUGCAGAAGAAAAACACAGAUUUGCUGGAAGAAAAUACACAGCUUGUUGAGUCUGUAAAUUCACUGAAUGUCAAUCUAAAUAACAAAGAAAAAGAAAUUAAGGAGUUAAAAGAAACACUGAUGUUGAAAGAUGAAGAAGUAGUCAAAAGAAUUCAAGAUCUAGAUGAGGAAUGCCAACAAAAGCAAGUGUUGUUUAAUGAGAAAGAAGAUGCAGAUAAGAAAAUAGGGGAGCUGAAAGAGAAGCUUCGUUCUGUUAAUGCUAAGUUCGAAGAUGCUCAGGAAAAUUUUGACAUUCGUGGUGAGCAACUUCAAAGGAACGUUCAAGUUAUCCAAGACCAAGCUGAACGUUUAGAACAACAGGAUGUUGAAAUACAAAACUUAAGAAAACAAUUAGAGGAGCAUAAGACAUGCAAACAACAUAUCGCAGAUCAAAGUCAGUUAAUCCAAAAUUUAGAAGCACUGCAAGACGAAACACAAAAAGUUUUAUCAAAACAACAAGAUACUCACCAAGAAGAAGUUGGAACGUACCAAAAGACAAUAACAGAAGUAUCGAAGAAAAAUAAAAAACUUCAACAUGUUGUAGAGAAGUUGUUAGCAGAAAACAACAACAUUAAAGAGAAUGAGAAAAUGGCAAGAAUAGAGUUGCAACGACGAAAUGAAGAAAUAUCAACCCUGACUGAAGCGUCGAAAAAGUUUGCAGACACUACUCUGUGUUCGCGUUGCGGCGAGUUAGAAGAAGAACUUCAAAAAUGUCACUCGAAUUAUAACAAGCUGUUACGAAAUUACGAAAGAAAGUGCAACCAUUUAGCUACUACGCAGAGUUCCUUUGAUAAAGGAUUUGCUGACUUGAACUCAAGCUUAUCUGAGAUUGAAGCUUCGAACACACAAGAUUUUUACAAAACAAAAAUACAAACAGAGACGAUUGAAAAGUUACAACAGUUGGUAAAAAAUAUGGAUGCAGAAUUAAAAGCUACAAGAAGAGCACACAAACAAAGACAUCAGCGUUACAAAGUGCUACAAGAAAAUUACAACCUUGCUCUCCAACAACUUGCGACAUAUGAAGAAAUAUCUAUACUUUCACCUAAGCAAGAAGAGAGGGCACCACCUCGAGCAUCAGCAAAAUCAUUGCAACACGAAAAUAGCAAAUCUGUUUGGAAUGAAUUAGAACAUUAUCGUAAAGAAUAUGAAAAGUUGAAUGACGAGAGACCUGGGAUAGAGGAAGAAUUGGAUGCAAUGCGAGUAAAGACAUCUCGAGAUGAAACAAAAAUUGCGCACUUAAAUCUUAAGCUACUGGAAUUAGAAAACGCUUUUCGUCUAAAAGAAGAGGAACAAGACAAGAAUAUUAAACAUUUACAAUCGUCGGAAAUUUAUUCUUUACAAAAACAACUCGAAAUAUGGAAAGACAAGGUUUAUACCAGUGAACGGGAAAUCAUUGCGUUGACAGAAGCCAACUCAAAAUUCAUUGACAGGGAAAGAUUUCUUCAAAAAGAAAUGCAAAGAAUACAGAGCGAAGCAGAAACUGUAAAAAAAAAUACACCGGUACUCGAACAAGCUACACAGACAGAUGUUACGGAAACCGACUCGCGAAAAUUAUUUGAUAAAAUGAACGAAGUCAUAAAUGCUGUACAAAGUGAUCGUUUAACAGUCAGCCAGCUAGACUCGACCGCUCAAACAACAGCAUCAAAAUCAUACGCCACUCUCGCUACACAGACGUCUCCUAACAAGAAUAGAACGAAAGCUAGACAUGCAGAGUGUUCAACACAAACAGACUUAACGAGCGACUCGUCACCAGAGCGUAACAAUGAAGAAGAAGAACAUGAUAAAGUAAUAAAAAAGAAGAAGAAAUUGCGUUCCGAAGCACAGAAAUUGCAACUACUUAAGUCUGAUUUGAGUCAAGAAAAUCGCAGUUUAAAGAAAAGAAUAUUUUCACUGGAAACACAGGUCAGCCAACUUCGAGAGUGCAGGAGUAACUUAGAAAAGCACGUUGAAACAUUACAACUGGAAAACGAGAACUUCAAAUCUGAACUUGUGGCUAAUCUUCAAAAAUUACAAGCAACAAGAGAAAUACUUCAGGAACGUUCACGAGAAUUAGAAGAAUCCUCACACGAGCUUCAACAACUGAGAUCAUUUCAUCACAAAGACAACGAGGAGGUGAAGACACUCUCCGCAGAGUUAAAAACUAUGGAAAACAAAUUAAAACACGCUACGAAGGAGUGCUCCAAGAUGUCGUUUGAAACGAAAACUUUAAAAGGUGAAAAUGAGAUGUUGAGUGUGAAGUUAAAAGAAUAUCAAGAAAGAAUUACAAGUAUCGAAAAAACGUUAUCACAAAAGAAAACAUACACAAAUGAAUUAAAAGAAAAAUACAAUGAACUGAAAGAUAAAACAGAAAAAGAUGUAGAGAGUCAGGAAAAUUUGAGCCGAAAGUUAAAAUCUGCAUUGGAAAGAGAUAUUAAAAAUAAGAAUUAUAUUGAGAAUCUUAAAAGCAAAGUUGACACACUCACAACGGAUAAAUUGAUAUUACAACAAUCGUUAACUGCUGUGAAAAGUGAACUUGAAAACAAGUCGAGACUUCUGCAUGAUAGUCAAGUAUUGUGUCGUCAAGCGGAGACAGCAAUUGGUGAGAUGGAAAACACUGCAUAUGAACAACUUCACCAACAACAAAAAGGCUUUGAUGAGAAACACAGCGUCAUUAAAACGCGAUAUCACAAAUGUGUAGCGAAAGUGAACGAACAUAAAAUCGUAGUCAAGAAUUUCAUAGAGACGAUGCUUUCUCAAAUUCACGAUCAUCGCUCACAGCUGCUAGAAAAUCAUAAACAACAUGUCGAAAGAAAAGGUAAACGAAAAGAAGAAGAGUUCUUCAAAAAUAAAGCUCACGAUGUUGCUUGUUCGAUCUUAAACAUGUCAACAGCUGAUCUGCAUGAAUUCAUGCAAGAGGAACACGAAAUACAGCCUUCUAUUCCACAAUACGAAGACAACGAUAUCAGAGAAAAACUGGAGUUGAUUCUCAAGAAAGAGAGCAACUUUGGGAAGGUACUGACCAAGUUUUUGCUUGAUAUUGUUUCAUAUGAUACAACACUACGUGAAAAAUUAAUCCUCGAUGCAACUUAGUUCCCAAACUUCAAUUUUUUAUGUUUAUAGCUUGUACAUUGAUAACUUAUUUUAUCGGAUUUUAAACAUCGUUUGAAA